AUGAGUUUACCCCCUUCUAUUACGAAAAGGCUUAGAGCAUGUCUUGGGUGCUCGCUUGUUAUGGCGCAGAGCCAGUUUAAAGCUGAAGGGUGUCCAAACUGCCCUUCGCUUAAUAUGAAAGACAGCACGGAUAACGUUUUAGACUGCACAACCGAUCGGUAUUCGGGCGUUAUUGGGCUAUGCGAUGCAAAGACCUCGUGGGUUGCAAAGUGGCAGCACAUGGACGGAUUUGCGGUUGGGCUGUAUGCUAUGACCUUGGAGGGCGAGCUUCCGGAAAGCAAGAUACUGGCUUUAGAACGAGCAGGGAGAACCUACUAUCCCAGAAACAAGUCAUUUGUCAUAUAA